AUGGGAGCCGAAGAUCUUGUCGGUGUCAACAGUCUAGCGCAUUAUUCCGCUCUACCCGUCACACCGCGUCGCGCAUUAUUCACGGCGCGUGCCGUUUCUUCACCCGACGUCAGUUAUCUGGGAUACCGCCAUACCUCCUUACAUACGGAUCUGUUCAUUCCAGAGUCGAUUGUCGGUUUAUUAUGGAUAGUCAAUCAAAGCCCAGACAAGGGACUGGAUCAUGCCCCUAUCUCCAGAGACCGGCUCCCACAUUGUGUGGAUACAGAGCUUCUAGGCACCCACCCUGUCCGCGAGGAUUUUAGAGGAUUACCUUACAGCGAUGGUAAUUUUUGA